AUGUCCAAAUACGCCAGCUGGUCAAAGGAUCAGCUCCUCCAAAAGCUCGUAGCGCUCGAAGACGCCAGCAACCCUCCCCCUCCGGCGGUUGAGAAGGAACCGACAAAAGCAUUUGUGAAGGCGAAGAAGAAGGACAAACCCUUCCAUUUCCCCUCCCACCCCACGCGACACAUAUCCCUCCUCAUCUCCUACACCGGCUGGCCAUACUCCGGCCUCGCCCUCCAAGCACCCCCCACCCCGCACCCAAACUACCCCCCAAAAAGCGCGCUGCCCGACGAGAUCACUACAGUCGAAGGCGAGUUGUUGAAAGCGCUAGAAAAGACGAGGUUGAUAGAAGAAGGCAAAGGGUGGGAGGGGUGUGAGUUUGCGAGGUGUGGGAGGACGGAUCGGGGGGUGAGUGGGGAUGGGCAGGUGGUGGAUCUUUGGGUUAGGAGUAAUAGGGCGGAAGGGGAUGGGGGUGGUGAGCUGGGGGAUGGGUGGAGGCCUGCCAGAGAGCCUGCCCCUCCUAAACCCCCUGUUGCUGAAGAAGAAAAAGAAGUAGAAGGGAAGGAGAGCAAGAAGGCGAAGCAAAAGCCAGAGCCCAAGGCGCCGAACGAAUUCCCCUACCCCAAACUGCUCAACUCGCUCCUGCCCCCCGGUAUACGCGUCCUCGGCUGGUCCCCCCUCCCCGCCGCCUUCUCCUCCCGCUUCUCCUGCACCCAGCGGCACUACCGCUACGCCUUCCACCGUCUUCCCACCCCUACCUCCCCGCCGCUCGACCUGGAGCUCAUGCGCCAGGGCGCUGCUCUCCUCAAAGGGGAGCAUGAUUUCAGGAAUUUCUGUAAACUGGACGGGAGCAAGCAGAUCGAAAAUCAUUCACGCCGGGUGCUCGACGCUUGGUUUGCGGAGGAAGAGCAAGGCAUGGGGAAAGAGUGGGUAGUGUUCAACUUGGUUGGGACGGCGUUUCUAUGGCAUCAAGUCCGGCACAUCAUCGCCAUCCUCUUCAUCAUCGGCUCUAAACUCGAACCACCCUCCCUCGUAUCUUCCCUCCUCGACACCGAGAAGUUCCCGGGGAAACCGAGUUAUGCGAUGGGCCAUCCCCUGCCUUUAACGCUCUUUGAGUGCGGCUAUGCAGAGGGGGAUGUGGAUUGGCGGUUUGGGACGUACGAUGGCCCUUGGAGGGGUUUGUCAGAGGAAGAGAAGAAGGGGCUCUAUGAAAGCGCGAUGGGGGGGAGGGAAGGGCUUGAGAGGCAGUUGGCUGUCGCGCACCAAGAAGCAGAGCUGAAAGCGUGGCACAUUGCCGCUCCCUUACGCAAACUCCACUCGCUCUACGGGCCGGUAUUGGCAGAGAAGGCGGUAAAGGCAGAGGAGAAGAAUGGGAAGGGGAAGGAGCAGAAAGUGUGGCCCGUGGGCGGGGGGGAGUAUGGGCAGACCGGGAAAUGGGUGCCGGUGUUGGAGCGAACGCAGGGGGCGACGCCGGAGGAAGUUAAUGAAAAGUAUAGAGAGACGAAGGGGAAGGCGAGGGCGGAACGGAAGGCGGUGGAGGGUGAGGAGUAG